AUGGCCCCGGUAUUUUUGCCAGUUUGGAGCAGCCUAUUUCUGCUGAGGGCGCCCCGUGGGCUGGGACACUUUGGCCUCGUCCGCAGGCUCAUUAUCAGGCUGCUCCCGCCGCAGGGUUCACGGAUCAGGAGUGGGCGGGCCGUACCUUUCGAGAACAUCAACAUUGCACCCCAAGGCUUUCCUGUCGAGAACACCGAUAACGCCACCGAGACGAAGCCACCGGCCAAGAGGAAGCGUCAGCGAACCAAGAAGGAUGCUGUUCCCGAGCCUCCUGCAGUUCGUGGUGACUUGUUUCUCGAUGUCGCCAGCGGCCUGGUUCCAGUUUCUGCUGGGUCAAAGAGGCGAAGGGACCGUCCUGCUGUUUCGGCUCGCAGUGUUGUCCCUAAUGCUCAAUCUACCCCCGGCCUGCCUCUGCUUUCGCCUGCUCCUGCCAAACACUAUGGUGCUGGGGUCUUGAACGGUCACGACACGGUAUCAAGCAUGAUAGGGGCCCGGUUUGCGUCUGAAGCACAGUCUAUUGCUCAGUCUGUUCCCGACUUGCCGGUGCUUGCGCCUGCGCCGCCCAACAACCAUGGCCAUGGUCUUUUGAACGGCCACGACACGGUAUCGAGCAUGCUUGGGGCUCAGUUUGCAGCUGAAGCAGCGCCUGCUGUUCCGGCGCCGUCGUCCAAUGUUGCAGCCGGGUUCCUGAACGGUCACGACACUGUGUCUAGCAUGAUCGCGGCUCAGAUUCACUCUGGGGUGACGCCUACUCCGUUGCCGGAUUUGGCUGCUACUAUGCGGCCGAGCCCGAGGAAGAGGCGUUAA